AUGCCCAUACCUAUCCACUAUGAAUUUAAACCCAAAAAAGUGCAAUUAACGGAUGGAAAUUUGGUAUUGCAUACACCUGUGCCGACAAGUUACCUGUCAGCAGUAGAUUAUCAAUCAGGACAUGAGUUUGAGACAAUGAGCUAUAUGGCUGUAACGUGCGAUGCGGAUAUGAUGCCUGAAGGAAGAUACAAACUUAGGACACAAAGUUUGAACAGGACAAUCGAGCUGGCUAUAUGCCUAACAGUCAAUGAGGAAACACCACAGGAAUUCUGUCUGACACUGCACUCUUUGAUCAAGAAUAUUCGGCAAAUGUGUCUUUCGGUCUCUAAAUCCAGAUCGCACAAGAAUCCAGUGUGGGCGGAGGAGGACUCAUGGCAAAAAGUCGUUAUUUGCAUUGUUGCCGACGGAAGGCGAAAUCUAAACCCGCUUAUCCUUAAAGUUCUCGCUGCCAUGGGCUGCUGGCAGGAAGGGGUAGCUAAAAAUCAAGUCAAUGGAAAAGCGGUGGAAGCACACAUUUUCGAAUACUCAACUCAAGUGUCGGUGAAUAGUAAACUGCGGUUGAAGGGACGGACACUGAAGAAUACCAACAAACACCGGUUUCCACCCAUUCAAAUUGUAUUUUGUCUGAAAGAGCGACACACUAAGAAACUUAAUUCGCAUCGCUGGUUUUUCAAUGCCCUAUGUCCAUUACUCAAGCCCAGGAUCACAUUACUCACGACUGCAGGGACGAAGAUUGGAAAUGGGAGCUUGUUUCAUCUCUGGGAUGCCUUCGAUAAAAACCCACAGAUUGCUGGUGCAUGUGGCGAGAUCCGAGUCGCUAAAGGCUUGUUGUGGUGGAAGGUCCUGAACCCUAUUAUCGCCGCCCAGGUUUUUGAAUACAAAGUCUCCAGCGUUCUUGAAAAACCAUUCGAGAGCAUUUUUGGUUAUAUUUCCGUUAUGCCUGGCGCUCUUGUCGCCUAUCGCUAUGAGGCAUUAUUGCCGGAGCCAAUUUCCGGCAAGGGACCACUUACUGCCUACUUUGAACCGGACUAUCUUGUUUUCAGCGAGGAUCAUCGGGACGUUGGUGAAGUAUUACAGUACUCUUAUUUUGCUGAAGACCAGAUUUUGCCUUUCUUAAUCACAACUCGGAUGAACGCUCAAUACACUAUGCAAUACGUCCAAUCCGCCUGGGCAGAAACGGAAUUACCAGCGGGUAUCGGCUCAUUCCUGGGUAUGAAGCGGAAAUGGCAAAACAGACGAUUCUUUGGAUUAAUCUAUGCAGUUUCGCAUGUAUCGGCCAUAUGGAGGAGCGGACAUAGCUUAUUAAGGAAGCUGUGGUUAACACUAGAGAUCAUCUAUUUGGGCUGUGAUACGGCUUUCUGGUUCUUGGCUCUGGGAAACUACUAUCUUGUUUUCUAUUAUAUGGCACAAACCCUGGCAAAUAGCUCUCGUAUUACUCUCGGCGGGACAGCGUUCAUGUUGACACGAUAUAUUUACAUUUGUCUAAUCGUUGUCGUGAUGAUGAUCUCUAUGGGCAAUCGACCUCGAGGAAAUUCGCUCUAUCUCUUCAUUCUUAGCUUCGUCUUCUUUGCUUGCAUUCAAGCCUACAUCCUCUUUUCAGCGGGCUAUUUGACAUUUAUUCAUGCUACCAGUUUUUUGCCUUAUGCAGACUGGACAUCCCUCGAAACCGUAGUGGCGGUAUUCAAAGCCGCCGGAUAUCAUGUUUUAAUUCUCGCGCUAGUUUGCUGCUAUGCGGUGUAUGUCCUUUCAGCCGUCUUGUACGGGGAACCAUGGCAUAUGAUAGCUUGCUUUCUCCAAUUUCUACUUUUGUUGCCCAGCUAUGUCAGCGUUCUGGGUGUCUACGCCUUCUGUAACAUGCACGAAGUCAAUUGGGGGAUCAAAGAACCCGAAGACCACGAAAAAGAUCCUCUUAUUAGUCGUGAUGCAAUUUAUCAUGCCUCAACAGUACUUAUGCCAGACGAACAAUACGUUUCAUCCGCAUACCAAGACGCCAUUGAUGACCUUGAUCGCAAGAAGAGACCAAAAUCUAUAGCCUCUGUAUCCACUUCCACCCUACUCCCUUCUGAUUACUAUCGUACUUUCCGAACUCGAAUCUUACUUUUAUGGAUUGUGGUGAAUGGCGCAUUAGUGAUCACUAUUUCAUCGGAUCAAUUGGCGCCGUACUUGGUGCUGAAGGACGGCUCAAAUCUCUAUGUGAUAAUUAUCGUUUGGACUAUUACGAUCGGCGCUACUGGCAGAUUCCUGGGCAGCCUUGUUUACCUCAUAGGAUGGAUUUGGCAGUUUUUCAGGCGCUAG